AUGCCAAUAUUAUCUUCUUCUUCUUCUUCUUCAAAAACUCGAAAAUAUUCUGAACAAAGUUUGGCUAAUUUCAACAGAGCUCAAUUCUUCUUUAAUCCUUCACAUAUUCAACCACAAACUGAUCGCCGUUGUCUUCAACGUCUUCAUAUAGAAAAUUCUUUUGCAAAACUAAAUACUUGUGGAGAAGAUAAACUGCCAGCAUUUUUUAAAGAAUUUUAUGACGAAUUACUUCAUUUUGAGAUUGAUCCAGCACACUCAUAUCAACUUAUAAUUAAUUCUCUUACUUAUUUUUAUUCAAAAAUAACUUGGGCAACUUCUGUGCAGAAAUGUGUUUUUGAAUUUAUUUGUGAAUUCCUUGGAGAAUUUCAUUCCCAUCUUGACAAAAAACGUCUUAUUGAAUUAGAAUUGGUUUGUCUAUUAGAACUUUUUAUGCUUCGAUAUGAAUACAAAAAUGGGAACGAAAAUAAUAUUUUUAACAUUUUGGUACAAAUUCGCAAAACUUCUAAAGGGGCUGAUUGUCAUCUUUCUGGUUUUGUAAACAAUGUUAUAAUUAAUCAUUUUGGUUACACUCUAGAACCUUUAUUACGUAAUAUUUGUGAUCGACUUAACCUUCAAGUUAAAUUAUAUCGCUCUUCUGACUCACUCCAAAAUAUUUCAACAAAACGAAAAAGUUCAAUGACUAGUUCAAAUCAAGAAUCUCAUACUUCCUCGAUUGAACCGACGUUUAGUGAAGACGAGGAAUUAAAUGAAGGGGAAAAUUCUGAGGAUGAAAUAUCAAAAUCAAUUGAAAAGAAAAGGUCCAAGUCUCAUGAUAAAAUAAAUAAAUUAGCAAACAAAAAACUGAAGACGACUGACAAGUUAAAAAUUCGGAAGAAAGCUUCAAGAGGCCGUCGACGUUAUUGA